AUGCCAUCCUCAACGGCUUCUACCCAUCCUGAUAUUGGGCCUAAAGUCGACUUGGAACCGACAUUUGAAACCGAGACCGGACCUGCUUCCGACUCAACGGUCCGCACCGUCCACCGGCGGCCCAAUAUGAGUUCCGAAACCCGCAAGAAGUUUAUCAACUACCCGCUCCCAAUUCCCGGACCGCCAAUCCCAUACAAGAAUGGCAGGAAGAGCAAUCCGCCUCUCAGAGGUUGGCUCCUGGUGAUAGCCGCUUGGCUCAUGGAAUGCUUGUGGUUUGUUAGGUCGUUCAUCUGGAGCAACGCGGGCUUUGGAAGCAUCAGGCAGAUUCGCAAGCACAUUGAAGAUGCUGAACCUCGAUAUGACCCAACCGUUCUGCCGCUGCCAAUGGACGAAGCAAAAGACCCGGCGGUUCUCCACCGCGAAAGCGCAGUCAAGGCGAAAUCGCACCCCUUGAAGUACUACUCCGUCAACGAUUAUCAUGAGAUGUACCUUUCGGGUGUUGUCACGCCACUCGCGGUGGCCCGCGCUAUCCUACCCUUGAUUCGGCGCGAUACGAACCCACCCGGGGAGCACUCAAUUGCGUGGUUCGACACGAAAGUCUCCCAGGUUUUGGCUGCUGCCGAGGCUUCUACUAAGAGGUACAAGGAGGGGCGGUCUCUAGGUCCUUUAGACGGUGUGCCGACGGCGGUCAAAGACGAAUACGAGAUUGACGGAUACCGAACUUGCCUUGGUUCCAGGAACGAUUAUACGACCCCAGCUGCGCCGGGCCAGUCGAUUACCAGCUGGUGUGUCAAGAAGCUGGAAGAUGCUGGUGCUGUCGUGCUUGGAAAGCUGUCUAUGCACGAGUUUGGACUUGAUACGACUGGAAACAAUCCCAUUUACGGAACACCACGAAACCCCUACAAUCAUGGCUACUACACUGGUGGUAGCUCAUCAGGGGCUGGUUAUGCGGUUGCAACAGGACUGGUGCCUGUGGCUCUCGGUAGCGACGGUGGCGGCAGCAUUCGCAUCCCUUCUUCCAUGUGCGGCGUUUAUGGUCUGAAGCCCACUCAUGGUCGCAUCUCUUUCCACCCUUGCCCAAAUCACAGCAACAGCUGCGCCGUCAACGGCCCCAUUGCCGCGGACAUUGAGUCUCUCGCGACCUACUUUGAAACUAUCGGUGCACCGCACCCCGAUUCUCAGUUCAUCCAGGCAUCGCCCUUUAUCCUGUCACCCAGCGAGAAGCGCGGAAAGGUUCUUGGUAUUCCCGAGGCGUGGUUUGCACAGGCGGACCCGGCUAUCCAGCGCAUGUGCCGGAACAUAAUCGCGAAGCUCGUAACGCACCAUGGAUACGUCACCGUCCCCAUCGACAUCCCUUUCCUGGUCGAGGGCCAGUUCGCGCACGCCAUGACAGUCCUCACCGAUGGCGCAGCUCUGCUACCAGAAACUAAGAACCUGACGCACGCGAACCGCAUCCUCCUGGCCAUUGGACGCGUCACGUCCGCCAUGGACUAUCUCCUGGCACAGAAGCUCCGCGGCCUUCUCAUGCAACACCUCGCGCACCUCUGGCGCACGCACCCGGGCAUGAUCAUCGUCACGCCCACGACUUCCUGCGCGGGCUGGCCCAUCAUGAAUGAGGGCGAGAUGUCAUACGGCGUCAGCGACGGGGACCGCACCAUCAGGUCCAUGGAAUACGUCUGGAUGGGCAACUUUUGCGGGCUUCCCGGCGUUACGGUGCCAGCGGGAUACGUCGUACCCCACAACCAGCUCGGCGCUGGUGGUGAGGCGGGGCCCGACACCGUGGGCAAGGUGCCCAUCGGGCUUAUGGGAAUGGGCGAGUGGACGGACGAGCAUAGCCUCCUCGAGUUCGGGCUCGAUGCCGAGGAGCUGUUCGCAAAGGAGAGGUGCAGACCGCCGAACUGGAUCGACGUCAUUCAGCGGGCCAAGGACGACAUGGCGAAGAACGGCGAAGAGAGCUUGAUAGACAUUUAG